AUGUCCAACGACCCCGCCGUUUCAGCGCACUCUGCGCACAACCCGUUCAGAGAUCCGGAGACUCACUACGCGCCCCCUCCCGGAGAGCCCCCGGAACAGCCCGAAGCGCACUAUGCGCCCCCGCCCGGUCCCCCGCCGGCACAGUCAGACGACGGCCAGUACCAACCGCACUACGCCCCGCCACCCGGCCCUCCUCCGCCAGACCCACUAGACCAACCCAACCCAGCCGAAGCGCCGCCGCCGUACUCGAAGACCCCCCCGGCGUUCCUCCCCGAAACCCCGGACACGCCGUUCAUCACCAUCACCCUGCCGCCCACGCCGCCGACCUACCGCCCGCUCGACCCGCCGCCGCCGUGCUUCUCCACCCCCUCGCCCCUCCGCGUCCACUCGCACUCGUUCGCGCCCUUCCGCGUCCCGUCCAACACCUCCCGGCUCGCGGACGGGUUCCAGCCGCUCUACCCGCCCGAGCUCCUGGGCAAACACGGGAUAUCGGAGGCGGACUGGGCGAGGUUCCUCGCUGACAUCCGCAUCACCGCGCAGCUUGCGGAGCAGGGCAUGAGCGCGGUCGCGCCUUAUAGGGGCACAGCGAGCGCCAUUGUCAUGAGGGCGGGGAACGUCGGGAGGCAGUAUGAUUCUGCGUUCGCGAAGACGCCGGUGGAUGAGGUCAGGGGGCUGUUGCAGGUGUGGAACGAGAGUGCGUUCGAGAGGAGGAAGAUGAGGGUUACUUUGGUGAUCAGGGCUGACGAGACGAACAGAAGGAGGGAAGGGUAUGAUCUGCUUGUUGACGCGUUAUAA